AUGGCCGUGGACUUGUAUCUGGCCGUCCCGCUGCUCUUCACCGUCCUGGCCCUCGUCCUCACCUCUAUCUUCAUGAGGCUGAGGGGAGCCGAGGGGGAGCAGCCCCAGCAGCCAGUGGUGGUCGAAGCGGCUGGGGAGAGCGGCCCUGGGGACCAAACAGCAGCGGGAUUGGGGCCGGAGGUCGGGAAGGAGGCGGCUGCUGAGCAGUGGGAGGAGGUGGCCAAGGAGCCAAGUCCCGCGGGCGAGCCCAGCCCUGCGGUGGCCAAGAGCAUUCCCUGGCAGCCGCCUGCGGAGCCCGGCGAGCCCGAGCCCCAGGAGGAUGUGGAGAGCAAGAUACCACCUUUGGGAGCCUCAGCUGGGUCCAGCCUCAGGCACCCAGAACAAGUGGAGGAUGCAGGAGACCACGCAGCAUUUCCCAGCAAGGCAGAGGAGGAAGAGCUGGAGUCAGGAAAAGAGAAGCUGGUGGUGGGAGAGCCAGCAAGCACAGCAGCUACACCAGCCCCAGUGACAAGUACAGCAGCAUCGUUUGAGAGUUCUGAAGGUUUUGAAUGGCCUUUGGGUACCCUUGGGACCUGCCUGCUGAUUGUGAUGGGGAUCAGCAUGUUGGCACACAUACAGAGUGUGUUUUACUCAUGACCAUUUUGUCUGAUCUCGAGAGUUAAGCAGAGUUGGGUUUGGGUCUUGUCUGGGGUUAGACGACGAUAUAGGAAGACUAGGAGA